CUACCAUCGUUACUCUGACACAAGCAAGCAAGCAAGCAAGAACCGUCCUCCAGUCUCCAGUUGCGUUCCUUAAAACGUGCCCUAAUCUCGUGACUCACGUUAAUUCUUCCGGGGGUUUUAGCCUUUUUUCCUGGUGUGGUAAUGGAGCUAGGGUUUUAGGAUUCCCCUAGUCCUUUUUAGCGCCUAAACUGCCCUGUAAAAAAACCGUAACCCUUCUUCUACUCCACCUUCUCUCCCCUUUCCGCUCUCUCCGUGCUCCAACCAAAGCCAUGGAUAGAUAUCAGAGAGUCGAGAAACCGAGGCCAGAGUCGAUGAUAAACGAGAAUGAGAUCCGAAUCACAACCCAGGGCCUGAUAAGGAACUAUAUCAGCUAUUCAACUAGUCUCCUUCAAGAGAAAAGAGUGAGAGAGAUUGUCUUGAAGGCAAUGGGACAGGCAAUCAGCAAGACAGUGGCCAUUGCUGAGAUUAUAAAGAAGAGAAUCCCAGGAUUAUAUCAAGAAACUACCAUCGGCUCAAUUAGCAUAACUGAUGUAUGGGAGCCCAUUGAGGAGGGACUUGUGCCCUUGGAGAUGACGCGUUAUGUUUCGAUGAUUUCAAUCUCUUUGUCAACAAGGGAGCUAAACAAAAACUCUCCUGGGUAUCAAGCUCCAUCACGUGAGCAGCAGCAGCUGAAGCAGCAGUAUCAGCAACCGAAGCAACAGUAUCAGCAACAAGCUCCUGCUCCAAUCAGUGGUGCUAAUGAAGAUUCAUAUGUGCGGGGACGUGGACGUGGUCGUGGUAGAGGGAGAGGAAGGGGUUGGGGGAGAGGUGGAUAUGGGAAUACCCAAGAGAAUGGUGGCUAUUGGAAUUGGGGUCGAGGUGGCGGCCGAGGCAGAGGUGGGGUCUAUCGUGGUGCUGGAUAUGACAGAGGCAGAGGUGGAGGCAGGGGUUAUGGUCGUGGACAUGGACGAAUGGGUGGCCGUGGGAGGGGUAUUUGGAACUAGGCCUAGGUGUUGGGGUGGAAUGUUUGUUUUUGCUCUAGCUAACUGCUUGCCUUGCCGUAAUAGGGAAGAGAAUUUGGGAACUGUUUUCCCAGCAUCAAACUGUGGCUCUCUGAAGAGUUGUUGAAGCAGUGUUUUGUUCAUUUUGUCUAUGAUAUGAAUGUGGGUAGGCUUGCUUUGUGUUUGUUGAUUUUCUGUGGCCAAGGGCAGGUGAUUACUCAGUUGCUGUAAUUCAUUCCCCUCUUACCGCUUGAAUCUCCCUUUGUAAAUAUAUCCCAUUUUUCUUGGUGUAA